UAAUCCUCUAAGUCGCGUUCACUGUGUAACUAAACCCUAUCUCGGUAAAGGCCAUCGUUCGCCUGGCACUAUUUCCACAAAUGGCCAUGGCAACGCUUCCGUUCCAAAGCACAACCUUUCCCCGUCGUCGCUUGCAAUGCACAUCACGAAAAUUGCCACUUAAUAUUGGCCUAGCGCGAUGCCGGGCCGUGGCAAAGUCUCGCUGCCUUGUGCGUGCGGAGCUGCAAGACCCACGCAAGAACGUGAGCACAGCUGUCGAUUCGUUUCUAAGGCGCUAUGACGUGGUGUCAACCGGAGUUGGCGCCCUGAUUGUGACCAGCUACUGCGUAUACGCCCAUGGCCAGGACCCCUUCACCGCCCUGGGCAUCACCUUUACAGCCACCGUGGUUGCCCUGGUCGCCAACGAGCUUCUCUUCUCCAACGAGCAGCGGCAUUGAGGCUGCUUCCGAACACAAAUGAUACUUGCCAACACAACCCUUCUGAGUGGAGGCAGAGAAAUAGAGAGAUGCAAUGAGGGGGAGGUAACAAGCACGGGGUGUGUGGACUCAUGCAGUGGGGGCCGCUUGACAGUUUUGCAAGCCUGUUGAGCGUUGUGAUACGCAAGCGCUGCGUUAACGGGAUGCCUUUUGAUACGCGGGCGCAGCAGGCUGAAGAGGAGGGGCAAGGCAUGGCAGGGCUCGGUUCGUUGGACGCUGGCGGGCUUAGGGCCGGGCAGUUGCGUUUUGGCUUUGGCAUGGCAUGGCCUCGGGGACCUUCUUGCCUUCACCCCAAGGCAAAGUUUGCCCGGGUGCUGCAGUGUGAGCAGUUUUUCAGAAGUGGAGGGUUGAGGUCGUGCGAGCGGUUACUAAGUAGAGAUUUGAGCGCGGAGGGUCGUUGGGCAGCGGCGGUGGGACGCACGAGGGAUCAAGAUUGAAGGAAGGCGCAGACGCGUUCUUGUACAGAGAGAAGACUAAACAAGUGCAUUAAAAAAAAGGUUAUGUUAUUCGCCGGAGUGCAAUUUGUUAGGGGGUGAGGGUGCGCGGGCACGUUAAGUAUUAUAUCAGGCGGGUUAGGACGGGCGUGGUCCUGGUUCGUUGCUAUGGUGUUUCCUGAUGUCUGGUCGGGGCUUACGUUUUAUUUUGUCGUACAGAACAUGUUGCAUUGAUCCGCGCAUUUGAGGGUGUCGUACUACCGCAUUCAGGCGCUCCUUGCGGCCUGUUUAAAGUUUUGAAAGAUAAAAUAGUUGCGAUGGCGGUUAAUGUGUGGAAACGCACGCCCCUGGGCACGAACCUCUUCAAUGUAUAACGUUAGUUGAUGCCCAGUGUUUUUUACCUUCAGUUGUUCCGUUGUUGCAGUCUAGUUGAUUACCGUUGUGGACGGUGUGUAUCCCAUAAUCCCAAUAAACAUCUGUUUUCGCUUGCUUUCGGUUCUGUUGCGUCCUGUCCUGGGGCCUGGAUGGCAUGGGAGGAGGGGUUGUGCCAAGCCAUGCCUGCCUGUCCUUGCUAUGCUAGGCCUUACGGGGGGAUCUUAAGGUUGCCGCAGUUCGUAUAGUAUUCCACGGCAAUCCUACUUAUUCGCAUAAAGUUGAAGGCAUGCAAGCGUGCAUUCUGGCGUUGCGCUGCUUAGGACGGGUGUCAGUGUGUUUGUCUUGACUUGCUUCGGGAGGUGUUCGUUGUAGCAGCCACUCAACCGGUGCAUGGGAUAUUGUAGAUCUUCAUUUACUCGUUUCAGGCUUCCAGCAUUCAGCUUGACCACUUUACAAGAGCCUGUUACCUUUCUCAAGUCGGAGGCGUGUUGGAGACUAGGGCCAAGCUCCAUGCUGAGCUCUCAGCUGAAUCCUGCUGAUCUGUGCCCACCAUGUGGAUUGCGUUGGGCAGACGCGGCGUCCUCCCAGGGAGCGUGUGUAGCAGUGUACACUAUUCAAUCCUGGGUGGAAGCAUGGGUACGCCCCAACCACAAUGGGCAUGUGCGCCACCUGCCGCUUGUGCAUGUAAGCCUAACCCACGUG